CAGCAUGUGGGAUCUUCCCGGACCGGGGCACAAACCCAUGUCCCCUGCAUCGGCAGGCAGACUCUCAACCACUGUGCCACCAGGGAAGCCCGUGAAGCUUCUUUUAAAGCAGUGGUCCUCAGCAGGGGGUGACUUUUGCCUGCCAGGGGACAUUCGGUAGUGUCUGGAGACAUUUUUGGUUGUCACAACUCCGGGGAGGGGAUCUAGGGUGUAGAGGCCAGGGAUGCUGCUAAACACCCCGCAGUGCACGGGGAAGCUCCCACCACGAAGAAUUACUCAGCCCAAAGUGUCAGUAGUGCUGUGCUGAGGUUGAGCAACCCUGGUGCAGUACCCGGGCCACCAAGUUACUUCUCAUUGACUGCCCCUCCCUGCCUCAGUUUCCCCAGGGGUUAGAGGAGGAACUUGGAAUAAGCCUAAAUGAGAUAAGCGGUAAGGAGGUGUGAGGGCAGUUACGCCCGCCCUAGCAGUAGGCCUCCCUUGGUGCCACGAGCCGGCCUCUUCCCUGCUUAAACCACGAGCCCUGCAGGAGGCAGUUCUCGGUGCUCUGGGGGAGGCGCUGGGAACAGGGGCCCUCUCACAGCUCUGUCCUGGAGUGCUUCGCCCCUAGGGUACCUCCCGAGCAGGGUGAGCCAGGGCAACCCUGGAGGUCAAAUACCCCUGUGGGGGGGCUGGGGCGCGAGCUCUGUUCUCAUAGGUUUUCCCAACGCUGGAUUGCUUAGGUGGGCCUGGACGCCUGACGCCAUGUGACCAGCUGUAAUUUUUCCCUUCUGAACCCACACCUGACUCCUCAGUCACUUACACCAGGAAAAUAACAUCUGAGGAAUAACAGGGCGCCUAAUUCCUUGCGGCUCCCCAAUCUGCUUCCCUCCUGCAGUAGGGAGUUCCACCGUGGCUGUGGGAACCCUGGGUGAGACAAGAGGCCCGGGGUGGGCCCAGCUGCUGGUGGAGUGAUGCGCCCCCUGCUCGUGGUGUUAGCUCAGCACCAGUGAGAGAUGGAGGACAGCAGAGCCACAGGCCUGGGGUUCCCCCGGCUGUGAGCACCAAGGGAGCUGCCCUGCUUGACCUGGAGCCAUCCGUCCAUCUUUCCUUCUGUCUCUGCAUCCAUCCACCUCUCCGCAGAGCUGAGGCUUCACCCUAGAACAUCUGUGCAGAGUGAGGAAAGGACUAGAACAUGCGCUAAAGUCCUCUGCAACAAGACCCAGGAAGGUGUGAGCUCAACCCAGACCCUGAAGCUGCCCCACCCCCCCGCCCACCAUGGCCUCCGCUGACAAGAAUGGCGAGAGCGUCUCCUCGGUGUCCAGUAGCCGCCUGCAGAGCCGGAAGCCACCCAACCUAUCCAUCGCCAUCCCUCCGCCCGGGACCCCGGACCCCAGCGAGCAGGCCAGCAUGCUGCCCCAGAGGCCCAGGAACCCAGCGUUCCUGAAGAGCGUCAGCCUCCAGGAGCCGAGGGCACGAUGGCAGGAGGGCGGCUCGGAGAAGUGCCCCGGCUUCCGCCGACAGGCCUCCCUGUCCCAGAGCAUCCGCAAGGGCACGGCCCAGUGGUUCGGGGUCAGCAGCGACUGGGAGCUGAAGCACCAGCACUGGCAGCGCAGGAGCCUGCGCCACUGCAGCGCCCGCUACGGCCGGCUCAAGGCCUCGUGCCAGCGGGACCUGGAGCUCCCCAGCCAAGAGUUGCCCUCCUUCCAGGGCACCGAGUCUCCAAGACCCUGCAAGAUGCCCAAGAUUGUGGAUCCCCUGGCCCGAGGACGGGCGUUCCGCCACACGGACGAGGUGGACCGGCCCCACGCCCCGCACCCACCCCUGACCCCUGGGGUCCUGUCCCUCACCUCCUUCACCAGCGUCCGCUCCGGCGGCUAUUCCCACCUGCCCCACCGCAAGAGGAUCUCUGUGGCCCACAUGAGCUUUCAAGCUGCCACGGCCUUCCUCAAGGGGCGCUCGGUAAUGGAUGCCGCAGGACAGCGGUGCCGGGUGGUCAAGCGCAGCUUUGCCUACCCCAGCUUCCUGGAGGAGGAUGCGGUCGAUGGAGCAGAGACAUUCUACUCCUCAUUUUUUAGUAAGGAAGAAAUGAGCUCCGUGCCUGAUGAUGUGUUUGAGUCGCCCCCACUCUCUGCCAGCUACUUCCGGGGCAUCCCACGCUCGGCCUCCCCGGUCUCCCCCGAAGAGGUGCAGAUCCCUCUGAAGGAGCCUGACCGAGCCCCGGUGCCCGCGGCCAAACGUGGCAAGCGUAUCGCAUCCAAGGUGAAGCACUUUGCCUUUGACCGGAAGAAGCGGCACUACGGCCUGGGUGUUGUGGGCAACUGGCUGAACCGCAGCUACCGCCGCAGCAUCAGUAGCACCGUGCAGCGCCAGCUGGAGAGCUUCGACAGCCACCGGCCCUACUUCACCUACUGGCUGACCUUCGUCCACGUCAUCAUCACACUGCUGGUGAUUUGCACGUACGGCAUCGCGCCGGUGGGCUUCGCCCAGCACGUCACCACCCAGCUGGUACUCAGGAACAGAGGUGUGUACGAGAGCAUGAAGUACAUCCAGCAGGAGAACUUCUGGAUUGGCCCCAGCUCGAUUGACUUGAUCCAUCUGGGAGCCAAGUUCUCACCCUGCAUCCGGAAGGACCAGCAGAUCGAGCAGCUGGUGCUGCGGGAGCGAGACCUGGAGCGGGACUCGGGCUGCUGUGUCCAGAAUGACCACUCGGGCUGCAUCCAGACGCUGCAGCAGGACUGCUCGGAGACUUUGGCCACUUUUGUCAAGUGGCAGGAUGAUACGGGGCCCCCCAUGGACAAGUCUGCGCUGGGCCAAAAGCGGACAUCGGGGGCCGUGUGCAACCAGGACCCCAGAACCUGCGAGGAGCCGGCCUCCAGUGGUGCCCACAUCUGGCCCGAUGACAUCACCAAGUGGCCGAUCUGCACGGAGCAGGCCAAGAGUAACCGCUCGGGCUUCCCGCACAUGGACUGCCAGAUUCGGGGCCGCCCCUGCUGCAUCGGCACCAAGGGCAGCUGUGAGGUCACCACUCGGGAAUACUGCGAGUUCGUGCACGGCUAUUUCCACGAAGAGGCCACGCUCUGCUCCCAGGUGCACUGCUUGGACAAGGUGUGUGGGCUGCUGCCCUUCCUCAAUCCUGAGGUCCCAGAUCAGUUCUACAGGCUCUGGCUGUCUCUGUUCCUCCACGCUGGCGUGGUGCACUGCCUCGUGUCUGUGAUCUUCCAAAUGACCAUCCUACGGGACCUGGAGAAGCUGGCCGGCUGGCACCGCAUCGCCAUCAUCUUCAUUCUCAGCGGCAUCACCGGCAACCUUGCCAGUGCCAUCUUCCUCCCGUACCGCGCGGAGGUGGGCCCGGCAGGGUCGCAGUUCGGCCUCCUGGCCUGCCUCUUCGUGGAGCUCUUCCAGAGCUGGCAGCUGCUGGAGCGGCCCUGGAAGGCCUUCCUGAACCUGUCAGCCAUCGUGCUCUUCCUGUUCAUCUGCGGCCUCCUGCCCUGGAUCGACAACAUCGCCCACAUCUUUGGCUUCCUCAGCGGCCUGCUGCUGGCCUUCGCCUUCCUGCCCUACAUCACCUUCGGCACGAGCGACAAGUACCGCAAGCGCGCCCUCAUCCUCGUGUCGCUGCUGGUCUUCGCCGGCCUCUUCGCCUCGCUGGUCAUCUGGCUCUACGUCUACCCCAUCCACUGGCCCUGGAUCGAGUACCUCACCUGCUUCCCCUUCACCAGCCACUUCUGCGAGAAGUACGAGCUGGACCAGGUGCUGCACUGACCACCUGCCUGGCGGGGCUGGCACGGCUGCUCCCACGCAGCGCUGAGGACAUGGAGACUGUGCCCGGGCCAGGCUGCCUGCCUGCACAGCGCCCACCCCCGCUCCAGAGACCCUGUGGGGCCGGCCCUGCUCCCAGGAGCUCUGCCCCCAGGAGAGGCUGAUUCUGCGGGAGACGGUCAUCAAGGGCGGCUCCUUGGGGGACUGAGGGCCCCCUUCCCCAGGCCUGGGCUGGGGGACACUCCGAACAUGUGUUUCUCUGCAGCUCAGGGCCCAGGCCCUGACAUCACCCUGCUCCCCUGCUGUCAGGACCACUUCCUGGGGGGUGGGCUCCUUUCUUCCCAAGGUCCUGGGCUACUGCCCAUCUCCCACCUCUGGCUCUGCUGGUACGUUCCCCCUCCCCGUUGCUGUGAGCCUGCCCUUCCUGGGGACCUGGCUGGGGUUCCCACCAGGUUCCCAGCCCUGCCUGGCCACGGCCCCUACCUGUUUCCCCUCCCAUCUCUGCCCUGUGAAUCCACGCCCUGCACUCAUCCCUGGCCUGGUGAGCCUGCCCAUGAGGCUCCGGGUCCAAACCUUCUGGGACAGGGUUUGGCGGUGGCCUGGGGCAGAGAAGGAGCAAAGAGACACAGACCGGCAAUCCGAGAGCCUCCGCUGAUCUCAGCAAACAGAGGCUGAACCUGCCCCGCACCCAGGCCCCCCAGCCCCUCCCAGCCCAGUCCCUUCCUUCAAGUCAGUGUUCUGCCUCCUGGGGCUGGACUGACGCCAGCCAGCCAACCAUCCUUUGCCUCACUCCUGCCCAGGUGAGGGUAGGGCCACCCCAAGGACCUGUGUCCAGGGGUUGUCCAAGGUCAAUCAGGCCUUUUUUUUUUUUUUUUUUUUUUUUUUUACCAGUUUAUAUUAUGGUCCUAAUUUUUUUUAAAGUAACGCUAACUUUGUAUGGACGAUGUCUGAAAUGUAUUAAAUGAUAUUCUUUAAGAAAG